UCUUCCAACUAUAAAACAUUUAUCUUAGUUAUAAUCCAAUAAAGAAACAAUACACAGAACAUAGUUACGUAUAUACACGUUUGAGAGUGAAGUGUAGCGAAGAUUCGUGGGGUGGUUUCCGAUUUUCAUGAUGUCGACGACGAUAACGACAAGGGCCGUCGCCGAUUGUGGUCCUAAACAUAGGGCCUGCGAUGAAUGUCGCACACGUAAGCUAGCUUGCACUAAGGAAUCCGAUGGCUGCUCCCGAUGCAAGCGAGAGGGCAUCGCCUGCCACUACUCCCCGCAGAAGCCCAUGGGUCGGCCGCGGAAACGGACCCGCGACGAGACGAGCACCGAGAAAUCGGACGCCGAGCCCGCGACCAAAAACACGAUGACGGAGCUUCCGAACGAUACCCCGGACCCCGGGCUCGCGUUCAUCAACCUGCUAGCCGGGGACCUCAACUUUCUUAAUUACGACAACAUGCAGGAGGAUACCGCGGAAAGCCAUGUCAUGCAGGACAAGGGCUACCAGUUCUCGUUCGGGUACACGGGGGAUAGUCUAGGCGACAUCGGCUUCGACCCGGACACGCCGUCGUUCUCGAACACGAAUAUCGACCCCUCCCUCUUCUCCCUCGAUCCCCCUCCCGCAGACCAAGUCCCAACCCUAACCCCCAACACAGCCAGCACGCCGGAAAGCGUAAGCAGCAACAGCAGCCACAGUCACAAAUGUAGCCGCACCCCCGCCGCUCCCGCAACCACCGCAACACCCGGAACAUGCGCGCACACAGCAGCGCUGUACCUAGCCCUAGACUCGAUGCAAAGCGCGCCCGAAGGCGUCGAAGCCGCGAUCCGACACGCGCGGCGCGCGACGCGGACAGCGUACGACGUCGUGUUCUGCCCCGUGUGCUCGUUCAACGUGCAGCCACCGGACCACGCCGCGGACAUCAUGCGCAACUUCCAGAACCUGAUGCUGCUCGCGGCUCUCAUCCCGUCCAUCGUCCACGCCUACGAACGGAUCCUGCACGCCGUAGACGUAGAGACCGCGCGCGCGACCGCGGAGCGGCGGAGACUGGUGUUCAAGCUCGCGGGGUUCGGGGGCAUCCUGUGGGCGGACGCGGAGGCGGAGGAGUGCGCGUCAGCCGCGACGUUGGAUUACCGGGAGAUGGAGCCCGCGAUGUGGCGGCUUACGGUGCGGGCGCUGCUGAAAGUCGAUGUGUAUGGGCUCACGGAGUCGAGGGGCGGGAUGGAGGCGCAGGCUUUGCCGCUGCAUAUUGGGCUGAAGGAUAUCGUGAUGCAGAUGGAGCAGAAGAGUAAGGCGCGGCACGCGGUCAUGGAUGCGUUGAUGGCGAGCGGGGCGUGGGACCCGAGGGCGUGUGGUAUGGGUAUUCGGAUGCAUGAGCCCGGGGAGACGCCGACUUGUUUGAGGGUUAUUGCUAUUGCUAAGGCUAGUAUUGAUUCUUUGAUCAUUGCGUGAGGGGUUAGUUGGUUGUGUGGUGGUGGGUUACGCGACGGCUUCGCGGUAUAGGCGAUUUAUUCGGCUUUUGGGGCUUUGAUGCGCAGGGAAUGGUCCGAGUCAUAUUGGAUCAAGCGACACGGCAUCUAGAAGAUGUUCUGGAGAUGUCCC